CGAUCGCUAUCCAAAGCUGAGCAGAAAAUGAGCCAAAUUGAGAGGGAGGCGUUGGCCUUGGUGUUUGGCGUCACGAAGUUUCACCAGUAUUUGUUUGGAAAUGACAAAUUCAUUUUGGUGACUGACCACAAGCUACUGGUCAAACUGUUCGGUGAGCAUGAAGGGAUUCCGGCGACAGCAUCCGCAAGGAUUUCGAGAUGGGCGCUACGGUUAUCCGCGUACAAUUACACGAUUCAGUACAGAUCAACGACGCAGAUAGGACAUGCCGAUGGUCUCAGCAGAUUACCCCUUCCCGUCUCGAAGGAGCGUGACCAUGAGGUGUCUGAGAUGGUGUGUUUGUUGCAGAGCUUGGAGGAGGAGUUUGCAUUGGACUCCUCCCGGAUUGCUGCGCUGACGUCUCGGGACACUCUGCUGAGUCGGGUGCGGCAGGCCAUAGAGACUGGUGAGUGGCCUGACGAGGAGGACAUCCGCUCAUUCUUCCACAGGAGAGAUGAGCUGUCGGUGAUCCGCGGAGUGCUGCUGUGGGGCAGCCGCGUGGUCGUGCCUGCCAAGGCACAGAAGCACGUUUUACACGAGCUACAUGAAGGACACCCUGGGGUUCGGCCUCCCGGACACCAUCGUCUCGGACAACGGUCCGGCCUUCAUCGGGGAGGAGUUCCAGCGGUUCACGAGGAGGAACGGCAUCCGUCAUGUGAGGACGGCUCCUCACAGGCCGGUGUCCGACAGAGUCUACGCCAGAGGCUUCGGGAGCGGACCGGUUUGGUCGCCCGGAGUGGUCGGCUCUCUCCUCGGUGCAACGAUGGCGGAGGUCCGGCUGGACGAUGGUCGACUGUGGCGCCGUCACUUCGAUCAGCUGCGGUCUGCGGGCGACUCUGCUCCGAAGAAUCGCACGGAGACGGACGUCUGCGACUUCGGACGGCUGCGGGGGAGGCGGGACCUGUCGGGUGGCGAGCCGGACGAGAGUUGGCUGGAGGACGAUCAGCGGGAGGAUCCCGUGGUGAUCUCGGACCGGAGACCGGCGGCUGACGCCGGCCAGCCUGAGCAGAGCUCGGAGAGUCCCGGAGUACAGUCGUCUCCGGCUGCUCGUCUCCCCUCUGAGACGCAGGAGCGGUUCGACGCAGAGUUACGGCUGUGGAUCGAGGAAGGGUGGCUGCGGCCGUAUAAUGAGCAGGAACACGGGCCGGUGCGUGGCCUAAUUCCGCUCAUGGCGGUCACCCAGGAAGCCAAGGACAAGGUCAGGCCGGUGCUCGACUACCGUGAGCUGAAUGAGCACCUGGUGGCUCAUACGGCUGAAGCUGAUGUGUGCCGCGACCAGCUCCGCAAGUGGCGGCAACACGGCGACGAUGUGGCCGUCAUCGACCUGAAGAAGGCGUUUCUGCAGCUGUACGUGGCCCAGGAGCUGUGGCCGUUUCAGACGGUAAUCGUGGACGGCCAGCGACAUUGUCUGACAAGGGUCGGAUUUGGUCUCAGCGUUGCAAGCGGCAUCAUGCGAGCGGUAGUGCGGGAAGUUUUGGAUCAAAGUCCAGAGAUCGCAAAAGCAUUGCUCCCGUACGCUGACGACCUGCUCGUUAACGAGACGCUCAUCUCUGCUGAGCGGGUGACCGAACAUUUUGCCGCAUACGGGCUCUCGUGUAAGUCACCGGAACGGGUAGCGGACGAGGCCGGAGCCCGGAUGCUGGGGCUCCGAGUGAGACGGCAGUCUGGCGGUGACGGCACACUGAGAUGGUCUCGGGACGGCGUGACACCAGCUGAGCCACCCGGGGUGCUGACCAGGCGGUCAAUCUUCGCCUGGGCGGGUCAGCUAACCUCACACGUGCCCGUCGCCGGGUGGCUGCGGCCGGCCGCCGCCUGGCUGAAAAGGGCGGCGAACAAGGUCACCAAAGAUUGGGACUCACCGAUCACUGACGAUGACCUGCGCAAACAAGUCAGUGAUCUGGCCCGGCGGCUGGCAGAGUGUGACCCGGCACGAGGACAGUGGUGCGUCUCAGGAGACUCGGUGACGGUGUGGACUGAUGCCAGCUCCAUCGCCCGCGGCGUAGUGCUAAGUGACCCCACCACGGGUGAGGUUAUCGAAGACGCCGCGUGGCUCCGAUCUGACAGUGACUCAGACAUGCACAUAAACCUAUCGGAGCUGGAUGCCGCGCUGAACGGUAUGAAUAUGGCGGUGGCGUGGGGAUUCAAGCGUGUGAUCCUCCGCACAGACUCUGUCACUGUUCAGCGCUGGCUGACCGACGCUCUGACAGGCCGUGCCCGACUGAGGACGAAGGCACAGUCGGAAAUGCUGGUUCGGCGGCGGGUGGCCGUUUUCAAGCAGCUCUCCAGCGAGUACGACCUCGUCGUGACAGUGGACAACGGUGACGACGCAAUGGCUGCUUCGACGGAUGAUGAGCAGGAAGAGGAGAUCGCCUGUCCGGUUCCGACCGCCCAUGUGCCUGGACAGCUGGCCAUUGAGGCGCCGGCGGCGGUGGAGCCGUCAGAGCUGACCCCAGCUGUCGCGCCGACCGAGCAGACCGAGCCGUGUACCGGUGGAUGA